AUGGGUCAUCAUCCCAUGCGUUAUACGCGAUACGAGGCACAUGGCGUCGAUAUCGAGUCCGAGACGGCUGGAGUUGGUCGGGACACACUGUCGAGCUCUCCUGAGAUAAGCCUGUGGUCCGACUCACAGCCUUCUUCGAUGGACAUGGCUCAGCAUUUCGUCGACUCACAAGUACAAGACACAGCUGCCAAACGUGAGGUGAUCGACUGUGGCAACGAGCCCCAAGCAUACCACACCAUCAACGUUCAUGGGUAUGGCCCCGACCACAACCAUUCCGGGAUGCCCAUCAUGAUGCCCGAUCCCUACGGUCACGACUACGACUUUGAAGAAGAUGUUGACGACUGCCCCCCACUUGACGGUCCUGACUUCGCUCACCGCACUGCCUUUGAUGAGCAUCACAGCCUUGAUGACGUCUCCGCAGGCUCAAGCUUUACCUCGAACAUGUCAAGCGACGAUUCAUCUGUCUACCAUGUCAAGCCGACAGCAACAUCCUUUGAAGGGUCGCCGACGUUCGAUGAAGAGGCUCCCCAGCCGUCGCUGGAGUAUGGUCUCCCCGUAAGCCAGCAGUUCAAACACGUUGCCAUGGAGUCUUUGUCGCCAGUUGUCCAAGGCGACGCGCUCGGUCUCCAGGUACCUGAGAUGUGGCACCAACCUCCCGAACUACCCGGAAGGCUCAUGGAUCACUUGUCGAUUCUGUCGAUUCAGGGGCUUCAUGGCUAUCCCACAUUUGGCCACUCCUUGUCCUACAUGGACGGGAAGGCCAAGCAAGAGGCCGCCGCCUACAACUACGUGGCGCACGAGGUGGCUUCCCUCCUUCCCGGACAACGCAAGAAGAGAAAUGAGCUUUUCGACUUCUGA